AUGCACUUGACCCUGAGGACAUCAGGUACCAGGCCCGCCAGCCCCCGCAGGCGCGGAGUUGCGGCUGCAGCCACCAGCCUAGACGUGGCGCGCCCGCAGCAAGUGGCUGGACACCGCAGACCAGGCCCACGUCCCCAGCAGCGCGGAUCCCGGGGCCAGCCGCCCAGGCAGCAAAGUCAGGCGGUCGGCUUCGCCAGCAGCCGAUCAGUCUCAUCCUGUGGAUUGCCCAGCGCCGGGGAUCAGGAUCCGGAGAGGUGUCCAGGAGGAGCAGACCCUCAGACCAGGCGUCUUCCGCUACCUGACACCAGCCAGGCAGCCCCCAGGGCCAGAGCGUCAGCGCCGAAGCCAGGCUCAUCCGGGAAGCCACUCCGGUGGCCGCGGGGUGCCCAUGCCAGCACCAGAUCUCUCUUCGGAAGGAGGAGCGGGGCGGGCCGCACGGCCAGACAGGCCGUCCCCCUCAGGCGGGGUGGGCCGCGCGCCUGCGACUUUCCGCCUGUGGUCCUGGGGCAGCCCGGGCCCGCCCAGGAGAACCCGCGAGCCCAGCGGCGCCUGCACCUGCGGCUUCCGGGAGCCGGGCGCCCCUCGCGGUGCAGGCGCGCGCCUAACGGCUUUGCCAGGCUCACUAGGUCCCAGAGGUCGGAGGCUGCCAGUGUCGCUGCUGAAGGGUGGACCAGGCGGGAUCGCGGAUUCUGGGCUAGAACGCAGACUGGGAAUCGCGGAUUGGGAUUUGGAUCGGGGAUUUGGAGUUGGAUCACGGAUUGGGGGUUGGAUUGCGGAUUGGGGGUUGGAUCGCGGAUUGGGGGUUGGAUAGGGGAUUUGGAGUUGGAUUGGGGAUUUGGGGCUGGGUGUGGGGCGGGGGGCGGUGAAAAGGUGACAGGGAGCUGCCGUGGCUCAGGAGCUCACCACCUUGAAGAAGAAGUUCUUCGGCUUUGGGAGCUGCAGGGGCCGGCGGUCCUGGACUCCCUAGGCCACGUCUACAGGGGUUCGGGUUACCGAAUCGGAAGAUCCACAGGGCGCUGUCAAGGGCGAAGCCUGGCGUGCAGGAGCAGAGACCUGGAAGCCCGGGACAGGCAGCACAGAAUUCGACACCAAAUUUUGGAACUUAAAAAGAAGAUUCUUAAAACUUACAAUCCAGAUUCUGGGAGUUCUGAUGAAUCUGCAGUCAGCCCAGGGCUUCCCAGCUGUCUUCAUCCAGGCCUGCACCGGUGUUCACAGUGGUCCUCAUCUAAGCCAGCCAAGAAGGUCUCUGUCAUCCAUGUGACAGCCAGCCCAGAUGUCCCUAGCCGUCCUCAUCGAGGUCUGCCGGUUUGCUUACAUGUGUGCUACUUGGAGCCAGCCACUCUCAUACAGGCCAUCCCAGAUCACGAUGAGGACCUGGUGCAGGAAACUUCAUCUGAAGAUGUCCCAGGCGUUCACAUGGUGGACAAAGACACAGAGAGAGACAUUCUGAUGAGGGAUGUACUUCAGGAGCUGUCCAGUUACAAUGGCGAGGAGGAGGACCCAGAGGAGGUGAAGACAUCCUUGGGAGUUCCACAACGUGAGGGCGACGAAAGCUUCUUGUGCAAGCAUCCACUCAAGACACUCUCUGAGAGAUCGUCAGGCCCUGCCAAGGUGACCUGGUACUGGAAGACCUAGAAGACCUAGAAGACCUGGAGGAGCAUAUGCCAGGGAAGACAAUCUCUGAGGAAGCCACAGGGGUUCACAUGAUGCAGGUGGACCCAGCCACACCGGCAAAGAGUGACCUGGUACUGGAAGACCUAGAAGACCUAGAAGACCUAGAAGACCUGGAGGAGCGUAUGCCAGGGAAGACAAUCUCUGAGGAAGCCACAGGGGUUCACAUGAUGCAGGUGGACCCAGCCACACCGGCAAAAAAUUGGAAGACUCCACCAUUACAGGCAGCCACCGGCAGAU